UGUUACGUCAGUCACGUCAGCACUUGAAAGAAAUGGCAUUUUAUCCGUUCGAUCGUUCCAAUUUUUUUGCUCCGAUUUAGUACGAACCUGACCUGCAUGAAAGGUUUGCGUGAGUGCAACGAGUGUAGCACUGAAAGCAACGGGAGCGUACGUAGACUCUAGGUGUUGUUUACUCCAGUUUACUCCAGCUUACUCGUCAAUGAGUAUUCCUUAUUGAAUUAUGUAGGCCGGAAAGGGCGACAAGAUGAGCGAAUUCGGCGACUCGAGGGACAUCGUCCGUAACUCGUCGGUAGAUCAGCUCCUCUAUGUGACGUAUAAACGAACGUAACUUUUCCUCGUGUGCCGCGUCGUAUGUUGACUCAUACCUGCUCGUGCUGCACAUUCCGAACGUCUAACUCAUAACGCUAUGCCGCGGAACGGAGGUUAAAACUAAGCGCGCCCGCACAGCCAAUAAGUAUAUAGAGACAAAAAUCACGAUGAUAAUCGCGACCCUCUUGUUCUUUUGCGGCGUUUAUUUCACGUGCGCUCAAAAGUAUGAGGGCUGCUUCCGGAUUUCCGAUCAUGGAUUAUCCUCCCCCGCCCUGGGAUACGCCAGCACGCCCGACGACUGUAUCAAAAGAUGCCGAUCUCAGUAUUACAUGUUCGCGGCACUGAUGAACGGACAACAGUGCUACUGCAUCAGCAAAUUCGGUCAGGAUGGCCCAUCAAACAGCUGUACCGUUCCUUGCGUUUCCGAUGCCACUAACUAUUGCGGCAGCCACGAAGCAAUGAGCGUUUACGCUACUGGUCAACAAGGGCCGAGUCCACCGAGGCGAAUAUGGGUAAUGCGGGCAAAACAGGAUGCUCUGAAAAUAACGUGGUUACCGCCAAACAUACCCAAUGGAAACGUUGCGUUUUACACCAUCCGCGCCGUCGUUGAAGAGACACACUCGAGCAAUAUUUUGCCACCUAUCGAGAGUCAAAUUCAAGGAGGUGCGUCGAACACGACGACUCUGAAGGGUCUUCAGCCCGGCACUAAAUACAACGUAUCCGUCACCGCCAGCAAUACGCAGGGCUCCAGCGAUCCGGCGUAUAUUACGGAAUGGACUUUGAUAGGUCCCCCCGACAAACCAGCCGUGCCCAAGAUAUUGGAGCGCGGAGACAGCACGAUUACCGUUGCGCUUACCGAGGGUCACAGCGAGUACGGACCGAUCAGCGCGUACCAGGUUGUCGUUGUACAGGCUGGCACUAUACCUCCGGUCGAUUCCCACGAGGAGUACUUGAAUUACGAGAGUGCAACGCAGCAAGGCUUAAAUUACUACGUUACCGCGCAAUUCGAGCCAGUGGAUUUUCACAGAUACAAAAGAUUCGUCGUGGGCGAUGGAAAAAAGUUUGGCAGCUAUUACAACGUCCCGUUGAAGGAUCAUUACGCUUCCGCGCAAGUCGGCUUGGCGGUAAUCUCGCGGGUAGGACCGGAUGUACAACGUUCCUAUUCCGAUUUGGCCAAUAACCAAUUGCUAAGCCACGAGGCAACGAACACGAAUCGUCGAAUGGACACGACCGCUCUCGCGCUUUGCAUAGUGAUCACGUUGCUGAGUAUCCUACUCGCUGUUUCAAUUCUGGUGUACUUUGUACUGCGACGACGACACGAGAGAUUCCAUAUGCGGAAGCUGCCGGAGCAGCAGGAGCUCACGUUGCAGGGUCCAGUGUACGAGGUGGAUAACAUGGGCUACAUUCCAGAAGACGUUCCCGAGAGAGUGAAUCAUUAUCAAGAGUUGAAGAAGAAAGUGUGGAGUAUACCGCGAAAUGCUCUGUCCGUCGAUAGUGAGAUUCUGCGCAGGGGACGAUUCGGCAGCGUGCACGGCGGAACCGUGCUUCUGAAGGAGGACGGUAGCUCGGCGGUAACGGUUCACACUAUAGCCGACGGCGCCUUGAAGGGAUCCGACAAGAGACACAUGCUGAGAGAAUUGGACGUGUGCAUUCGAGCAGGCUCCAUGAAGUAUCUCGCGGGCCUCGUGGGAACCUGCGAGACCACCGACACGUUGUACGUCGUGUUGGAGUUACCGGCGCAGAACUUGAAGAACUGUCUGUUGGCCGCGCGAUCGGGAGAUGUUUUUCCGGUAGAUCGGAUCCUGCCCAUCUCGUCCUCGAUCGCGAUCGCCUUGCAAUAUCUGGCGAGCCACAAGAUCGUUCAUAGUCGACUCUGCGCGCGAAGUGUCGGCCUGUCGAGCGAUUGGACGCCGAAACUUAUGGGUCAUGGUAUCGCCAAGUAUGCCUUGGAAGACGUCAAGUACGCAAGGUGGACGGCCAUCGAGUCCUUCGAUAAUCGGAAGAAGCAUCAGCCGGGCGUAACAUGGGCCUUUGGCGUACUCCUCUGGGAGAUGUUUAGUAUGGGCGGUACACCGUACGCUAGUGUACCGUACCUGGCACUCGAUAGCGAGGUGGAGGAGGCGGUUACGCGCGGUGUUCGGUUACCACAGUUGUUGGAUAUCACAGAUCCGAUCUACGAGGUCAUGUCGUCCUGCUGGCGAGUCGAUCCCGAGGAACGGCCGACGUUCGAUGAACUUACGCGACUGGAUACCUUGACUAUUUGUCCUAUUACUGCAAUCACGGAGCCGUACUUACCGGAAUUGGAGUUGAAUUAACUAACUCUUAUUUGCGCAUUUUUAGAUACAUCUGCAUUUAUUUAGUAAGUAUAACGUGUAUCAAAUUCGAAGCUGUAAAUAUCUAUCUCAUUGUGUUCAUGAGAAUCUCGUAAAUUUUAUCGUUACCAAUGUACACGCGCAUACAUUUAAGUGGCAUAUCUAUAUUUUGUCUCUGACAUCCAAAAACUUAAAUUUUACUACGAGUAACGCAUAUUACGUAGUAAUGUAAGUAGUGUAAGGUAAAUAUUACGAGAAAGAAGUUUCAUACUAAUUCCGUCCAUGUUUAGUGAAAAAUAACUGAGAUUAGUAUAUAAGUAAUAAAGUUAAGGUUAUAAAUAUUUACAAGGAUAUAAUCGAGCGUCGAGAAGAUUAUAGAAAAUGUUUAAUUUUAUUUUUUCAACGUUUCUAUAUUAUAUAUUACAUUCGUUCGUAUAUGUCAAUCUCUUUUGAGAUUUUAGUUUACAGCGAUACCAAGGCAGAGAAAAUACUUAAUUAUAAAUAUAUUUUUAUGGCAUCUUUCACAGUUACUAUUGUUUUGGUACAAUACACUUGCAUUUAAGUGCAUGUAAACGUAUUUAUUUAAUGCUGUCAUUUCAAAAGUACAAAUAUAUUUAAUAUUAGAUACCAAAUUAAUUCGUACGUAAUCUAUAAAAAAUAGGACAUAUGAGUAUAUAUAUAUAUAUAUAUAUAUGUGUAUACAUGUCUUUAAAUGAUGAACAAUCAACAAAAUUACCGCAAAGAAUAAUAUUUGUAAAACUAAAGGUGCAAUUUUUUCGAGACGUUAAAUAUUAUUAUUUUUUAAGUAUUUAUCUCGAAAUUUUUAUAUUUAUGAUUUAUGCCAUAUGAUCUAUACUUUUCUUUAAGUUGCAUUAUCGAUUAUUGCGUAGUCUUUAAUUUGCCAAUUAUGAUAUGUUUUUGUUGUAUAUGUUCCGUCCUUUUUUUAUAGAAUCAUAUAUACUUUGUAUUAAGCAGAAAUUUUUUUUUUAAUAAAAUUUAUAUAUUAUACGUCAUAUUAUAAUGUAAUGAUAACGAUUAUAUAUUACAGAAAAAUACAAAUUUUAUACUUUUCCUGUCACGUCGCUUUUACACUUAUCCAAAAAUAAAACAUUCGUUAUUUAUUAA